AUGGAUUUCACCUAUUAUUUUUUUAGGAGUUGUGAUACAUUUAAAACUUACCAUGCUAGCAAUGUAGAUGAUAUACUUGAUGAAUUCAUGGCCUUUAAGCACUUUGUUCCAGUAGCAGGCUCAAUCAUUUUGGACCAGUCCAAUCAGAGGUGUUUGCUUGUGAAGGGUUGGAAGGGUGGUUCUUGGAGUUUCCCUAGGGGAAAGAGGGAAGACCCUGAAGAAGAAGAUCACAUAUGUGCUAUUAGAGAAUCAAUGGAAGAGGUAGGAUAUGAUAUAAGUCCACUUUUGAAUGUCAAUGACUUCAGUGAGCAUUCUGAAAGGAAGAAACGAGUGGUUUUGUACAUUAUCAAAGGAGUGAAUGAGAAUUACCCUUUUGAACCAAGGACCAAGAAGGAAGUUAGUGAAAUUGUUUGGCAUCCACUCCCAAUCAUGAAAAAGAGGCCCAAUAGGUAUUUUAUGGUUGGCCCAUUUCUAGACAAAUUGGAGAAUUGGAUUAAAAGAAAUUACACACCCUCAUCUACAACACCACUGAGUGAAACUAGUGAGAUAUGCAUUAUUUGGAAAGUUGAUAAAGAACAAAAUAAUUGGACUCCAAGGACGUUUUCCGCAAAACCUGGUGCUAGAAUUGAUACUCCUAGCAGUUUUCAAAUGGGUCCUUCGACUCCUUGCAGAGAGGUUCAAAAUAGUAUCCCUAAUUCUGCUCAAAAGCGUCCUUCCACUCCUAGAUGGAGUAAAAGUAAUCUCAAUGAAAAGCGUUCUUCCAGUCAUUGUUGGAAUUCUCAAAUUAAAUCUCCUCAUCCAAGUAGUUCACCUUGUUCAAAUAGAUCUCCUUAUCCUAAAACCAACUCUUGUUAUUCAAGUACUUCUCCUUAUCCACUUAGAUCUCCUUCUGCAAGUACUUAUUCAAAUAAUUCUCCUUAUAUUCCAUUUAAAUAUCGUUCUCCUUAUCAUAGAAGAAUGGAGGCUUCAGAUGUAUUUUUGUGGAAAAAAUAA